AUGGCAAAGCUUCUGACUGUCAUCGGUGCCACUGGAACCCAGGGUGGCUCUGUUGUUGCUGCGGCUUUAACAUCCGGAAACUACAACAUCCGUGGUGUGACUCGUGAUAUCAACAGUAAUGCAUCAAAGACAUUGAUAUCGAAGGGUAUCGAAAUGGUUGCAGCUGAUUGGAAUGAUGAAGAAAGUCUUGUCAAAGCCUUCGCAGGAUCAUACGCCAUCUAUGCCGUAACUAAUUUCUGGGCUAGCUUUGCAACACAAAUCAUCGAAGACAGUAUUGAACUAGAAGCUACGCAGGGAAUAAACAUGGCUAAAGCCGCUGCUAAUACUGCUUCUCUUCAGCACUUUAUCUGGAGUACCGUUCCAGACAACCUUCGGAUUUCCGGAGGAAAGCACUCUGUGGCUCACUUCGAGGGCAAGAUCAGGGUUGACCAGUUCAUCAAGCAAGACAAAGAUUUGCUGAGCAAAACAACAUUCAUGUGGAUCAGUUACUACGCCACAAACAUCGUUUUGCCUAUGAUUACUCUCAAUUUCCUUAAAACAUCUGGCAAAUAUCUCCAGCUUUUACCAGUCCCAGAAGAUUGCCCCAUCACCACCGUGGGUGAUCCUAGAAUCAACCCUGGUAUCUACGCAGUGGCCAUCUUGAGCCAGCCCGAGCUCACCCUACCUGGUAAGAUUGUUCUGGCAGAGACCGAGACUAGAACAGUCCGAGACAUGGUGAACAUGUGGUCAGAGGUUUCAGGAAAACCCGCCGAGUACUCACAAACCCCGAUUGAACACUACAAUAAUCUGUGGCCGAAAUGGGGCCGUGAAAUUGGGCAGAUGCUGCAAUUUUGGAAUGGAGCGCGUGAAAAGAGUUGGACCUCAGAUCCACCUGUGUUGACCAAACAUGACUUAAGAGUAUCUGGCUUGGUUGGAAUGAAGGAAGUUUUUGCCGGACUUGAUUGGUCUUCCUGA